CCCUGCCUGGCCUGUCACCUCCGAGCAUUAGAUUAACAAACUGUUCAGGCAACCAUGAUCCUUCGAACGACUUACGCGCCUCUUCUUCUCACAUACGCCGAUAAGAGGAAAAGGCCACCGAACAAACCCUCUCAUCCGUUCACGACAACAAAAAGGGUAGCUUGAAGAAUCGAUCAUCAUCAUGUCCCAAGAAAACAAAACCGUGCUCCGCAGCACCACCGACACAAUCUUCACCUUCGUCGCCCUCUACUUCACCACCCUCUUCAGCCUCGACACAUGGAACGCAGCACGAGGCUCCCCGUACCGCGCCCCGGGAACAUCCACCUACUUCCGUCCCGCGGCGGGCAACCCCUCCGCCGAUAGCUACCAAGGCCAAAUGUACAACGGUGGUAGGAACGGCGGCGGCGCCCGCAGGAGGGAUAUCGGAAGGGUGCCGACGGCUAGGGACUCGCGGCCGCCGUUGAGGAUGGGCGGGACUGCGGCUUGCGGCGCGUGCAUGUCUUGAAUGAUGGGCUUGAACGGCGAUGGGAAGGGAUUGAGUCAGAUCGAUAUGUCGAGGUUGUCUGGGUUCUAGUGCGACCGGAAAGGGGUCCCUUGGGGGAAGCUUCUAGGCGGAAGGCGUCACCUGAAGAUGCAUCCUCUUUUCUUCUUUUGGAAUUGCGUUUCAGUGGUUUGGAGAGGAGGGUGCUAGUAUAUCUAUUGUGUGAUGGUUUGAUCUGAUGAAGAUUCGAGCCUUUUUUCCCUUUGAACAACACCAUGAGAUUUGUAUUCAUAUUGCUUGGUUUUCUAAGCGUACUCGAUAACCUAGCUUUAGGUGAUACGCCUGCAGAGGGGACGUCAUCAUGAAAUGGUAAUCUGGAAGUUUCUCUACGUCCGAUCUCACAAUUAUCUACGUGAGUGACUGUGAAGUCGAUGAACGGAACCGCACAUUUUGGAGUGUAGAAAACGCAAUCAAGUGUAGCUUCAUCAAAUACAUAAAU